AUGGUGUGCUCCGUGACCAGCGCCGAGACCCUCCGUGAUAGCGGCGUGACUGAGUCUCGUGUUCAGGACCCAUCGCAAUUAGUUCUUGGUGCGAGAGAUCGCGCAUCAGAAAUUAUUGACGCGAUGUCCUCACUUAGCGACGCUCACCGUCGCAACGGACACCUCGAUGCAGGGGACAGAAGUUCCUCAGCUGGAUCAUCCUUAGGUUCAUGUUCUCCACCACCGGCCUCCAGUCAUUCCCCACCACCUCCUCGACCACCUUGGCUUCAUGAUUUUCAUGCAGCUGCUUCUCCUCAUGUUCUGCAGUUUCUCAAUUUAAGUGCCGCCGGUGGAGGAAUGUUAGGCAAUCAACCAUUAGCUGCUUUACAUUCUAUGGCUGAGAGAAGUCAUCACCAUCAACAACAACUUCAGCAUCAACAACAUCAACAUCAACAACUUCAGAGGCAACAGACUAUCAAUUUAUCAGGUGGACCUCUUUCCACCCCACCUCAGGGUCAACCAUCUCCAACAGGAAGUGGUAAACACAGUCCAGCCACUUCUGUUACGUCCGUCGGCAGCAAUCCUCAUGGUAUUGACAACAUCCUUUCACGACCAGCUGCCACACAUCCUCAGGUGCCUGUUUCUGCUCCUCAUGCGUUAGCACCCACACCUACUCAUCCUCAACAUCUCACUGCUCCCAGAUAUGGGAUGCAUGCAGGAUUCACUGCAUCAGCAGGCCUUGGUCAGUUUCAACAAAGGACAGACACUCGCCAUCCUGCAAUUUAUUGGCCAGGACUUCAAGGCUUGGUCAGUGAUCCUUUGGCAUGGCGAGCAAGACUACACUCAUUGUCACAACAGUUGGGAUGUCAACAAGCGAUGUCAGGAGCAGCUGGUGGUGCUGGUGGUGAGCACGAUGGUAGCAAGAAGAAACACACAAGGCCGACAUUUAGUGGACAGCAGAUAUUUGCUCUAGAAAAGACAUUUGAACAGACGAAGUAUCUAGCUGGACCUGAACGUGCCAAGCUUGCCUAUGCCUUAGGAAUGUCAGAAUCACAAGUCAAGGUGUGGUUUCAAAAUAGACGGACCAAAUGGCGAAAGAAGCAUGCAGCAGAGAUGGCCACCGCGAAACGACGUCAAGAAGAAGUAGAAGGUGUUGUAGCGGAGAAUGAGGACGGUUGCAGCGACGGUGAGACCGAAGCUAGCGGUGAAACAGCCGCGAAAAGGCUCAGACGAGAGCUGGAGCAACAGUACGGGCCGUGAGGAACGAUGAUACUUGGGGGUGGAAGGCGUGGCCGUGGAUUAUAGGGCGGUAACGUUAGGAUACG